AAUCAAACAUCAUAUUCAGGCGGAAGGUCCGUUGGGGAGAUGCAGUUUGUUUAAAAACACACUAUUCAAGUGAGAUAAGGAACAAUGAACACUUCUCAAGACCAUUUCCCAACAUCUCCAUCAUGGAAGCUGCCAGAGGAUGUUAUGCGGAUGCAUCGUUUAAAGAUGAAGAAAAGAGCACUACAGGCAAGACUAAGAGGGAAAGAUCUAUCUCGUACUCUGUCACAGGACUCUGGUGUUUUAAGCAAAGAUAAUGCCUCUACUGGUACUGCAAAAAGGAAGAAUCCUUUCAGGUGUGGGGAUGUACCUACAAAGAGAUCUCGAGAUAAUGCAACAGCUGUGUUUCCUGCUGAUUUUGAGACUUCGUGUGAUAACUCUCUCUUUCAACUGUUAACGGCACCACAGUCGUCGUCUUCCAUGUCAUUUACUGAAACUUCGUUCUCCAGCAUACUCAGCAGACUUCAAACAACUGUCAUAAAGGAUGACAUUCCAGAACUGAAGGCAGCAGGAAAGAAGUACAUUCCAGUGGAUUGGUCCCUUAAAACAAAAAUGAGGUUUAUGUCAGAGAAACCUUUUCCAUGGACACAGCAACUUCGCACAUGUGAAGAGGCAUCAGGAACCACAGGGUUUGUGAGAUGUAUGAGUGUCAGCCCAAAUAAGUCAACAGAUGCUUAUCAGCGGCUCGACACUAGUCCAAGUGCUAGAUUUCACCAAUGCUGUCUAGUGUGGAUGCAUCCAUAUCUGCCAUGGUUACAGUUGUUCCCUCGCUCGACAGGGCGAGUCAGCGAUACUGCUAACAGUCCCUUUGCUUCUGACACUAAGCUUCGGGAUUCUCUGCAUUAUGAGUGGGGUGAGAGUCUGCGCUCCCUUUUUCAGCUUGUUCGGGCAUGCCAGUGUCCAUAUUUUUACGUUUGUACAAACACCUUCACGUGCCUUUUUCGUGCAGCUGGAAUAGGUGGUUUCAGCAAUACACAUGCUUUUGUUACACCAACAACAAGAGGUUUUAGGCAGUUGCUAAAAGAAGAAGAUGUGGUAUUUACAAUGCCACUGAAGAAAAGCAAUACAAGUGGAAGCAAACGUUCUUCUUCAGAGGGUACAAAUUCAGAUAUGGGUUACGAGACCCAGGAUUCAGCAGGAGAAGAUAAUCAGGGAGAACAAACAAAAAAUGCUGAGGAACAAGAAGAAGAGGAUUUAGAUGAUUUUGAUGAUGAAGAUGGAGAAGACUGGUUGCACAGUAUGGGCAUGGGGAAAGAAGAAAUUCGGAAACUAAACAGUAAACAGGUUAAGACUGUUCAUAACAAGGAGCGUGAAGUGGAUCGUACACCUGAGUCUCUUAUUUAUGUGGAAGGUGUGGAGGCUCAGGCAUUCUUCAAUUUCCUUAUGAACUGCAAGUCUACAGUAGCAGCAUCUGGACCAUUAGCUGGUGUUCCUCCCACACUUAUUGCACCUGUUGCAUUUCAAGGAGGAACUCUUCGGCCAAUUAAGGUUCGUCAGAGUGUAGUGAAACUGGAAGGAAGUACAUACCAUUCAGUGGAACUCAGGGGUCCAAUACUUCCCCAUGUUUUGCAUGACCUAUGUAGCAUUCUUCAGCACACACAUGAAGAAUUUUCUGUCACAUUUGCCCACAUUGAACAGACGAGAGCAUUUACAAUGGCAGCCAAAACUGAGCAGCCUGAAGAAAGUGUACUGGAGCAAGGAAUAAAUACCUCAUCGGAAGUUUCACCCAGUAAGAGUGCGAUAUCGACUUGUCCUGUUACACCAACAAAAGCACCUAGUGCUUUUGGUCAGGAGAACCUAAGUGACUGUGGUCUGCAACCAUCAGUGCUGCAGAACUUUUGUUGUGCUGAUCCAGAAAGUGUCGAGUUAUUGGAUGGCUUAAAGUACUGCAGUGAUGGAACAUAUACUUGGUCAUAGGUGAUGACAGUUCACCCAAGGUUGUUUUGCCUGCAUCAGGCAGCAGUCACAGAGCUUGUCUCAUAGUGAAGACAAAUAUUAAAAGAGUAAGGAGUUGUACUGCUCUUGGAUAAAGCUUUCAAUCCAUAUUUUAAUUUGCAACAAACAAUUAUUUUAAUAUACAGUAAAUGAUGUAGCACUUUGCUGUUGCUGUUACUAAGUAAAUGAAGUGUCUUCUUUUUUUCAUGGUGUGUGAAAUUCAGAUUUGGUGAGAAUGUACUGCGGUACAUUUUAGGAAUUCUGAUCAUUAAUAAUGAGGAGGAUACUUCUUGAAAGACUGUUAGAUUGUGAUUGUUUGUAUUUUUAGUAUGAUAUUCAUGAUUAAGAAAUAUAAAACAUAUGGUGAUGUUACUGAAUUGACAUAAGCACAUCUGAAACCGAACGUGUGGUAUGACUAGAGCUAUUACAAGCUCAUUAUACAAAAUCUUACUGGUCCCUAGCAGACACUUACACUAUGCCACACUUUGUCUAGUUUUCGAACAGACAUAAAUCCUGUAUCAUAGAAUUCAGAGAGAUUGUGAAAACAACACUGAUGUCUGUGUCAUUCCAUUGUGAUUAACUCAUCAUGAUUUACGCAUCAUGAGCUAAUGUUUCAAUUAACUCCAUAUGUAUAAUGUGAAAAAUUAUGAAAUGACCAGAGUGAGUGAAUUGUUAAAUGGUCAACAAGGUAUAAACACAUAGUGUCUUACGAAGAGAGGACAUUCAUUUAGUGUCCACUAGAAAUAUUUACUACAGAGAGCAAAAUUUACCAUUGAAAAUGUUGAGGUAAUCAAUUAGCCAUAUAAUUCAACCUAGCUGAAAUAAGACACUACUGGAUCUUUGCAGAACCUGCUGCACCCUCCUAUCCAAUUUCUCUAAUAUGAGGUGAAGUUGGAAAGUUUUAAGAAUUGCCGUGUAAUUAUACAAUGGUGGUACUGUGAUGCAUCUCCUUUUUUCCUGAAGUUUGUUAAGGAUGCUCUCUGUAUUUGCCCGGAUGCCUUCAAUUGAGUCAAAUCGCUUCCCUUUUAAGUGGAAAUUUCAGUUUAGGAAACAGGUAGAAGUCGGUAGGGGCCAAAUCAGGGGAAUAUGACGACUGGAAAAACAGGAAUUUUGAAUUUGGUCAAAAGUUCAACGAUGGAGAAGUCACGAUGAGCUGGAACCUUGUCAUGGCGUAGCACUCAACUCCUGUCUUUCCACAGUGUAGGCCUUUUCUUUCGCACCUUUUCACGCAAACGCUCAAGAACACAUUUGUAGUAUUCCUUGUUAAUUGUCUGUCCUCCAGGAAUAAAUUCAUGAUGCACAAUACCAGUAGAAUCAAAAAAUAUCACCAACAUUGUCUUCACCUUCGAGUGACUUUGCCGUGCUUUUUUCGGUUGUGGUGUACCUGAAGUCUUCCACUGUGAAGACUGCACUUUGGUUUCAGGACUGUAUCCAUAUACCCACUAUUCGUCACCUGUGAUUCCCUAUUUAACAAAUCUGGGUCAUUUUUAGUCCGAUUAAUCAGUUCUUGGAACACUUCAAGUUGGUAUUGUCUCUGGUCACUUGACAACACUUUUAGAAUGAAUUUUGCGGACACUCAACGUAUGGUCAGAUCUUUAGUUAAAAUUGACUGAACUGUAUAGAAAUUUAAAUUAAGUUCAUCAGCCAUCUCCCUAAUUGUAAUCUAUGAUCAGAGCGCACUAAGUCGUGAACUUUCACAACAUUUUCAUUCGCUUUUGAGGUGGAAGGACGGCCAGACUGUGGUUCAUCUUCAACGGACUGUGGUUCAUCUUCAAAUGAUUUGCGGCCAUUUUAAAUCUGUUGAACCAGACAAAAACAUUUAAUUGGCUCAUACAAUUAUCUCCAAAAGCUGUUUUUAAUAGUUCAUAAGUCUCAGAAGCCGAUUUCCCGGUUUUAAAACUAAAUUUCAUACAAACUCGUUGCUCCGUUUUUACAUCCAUUUUCAUGCAGACAGAAUCCAGCAACAAGCCCUAACAGAUCCACACUCAACCAGCUGCCACAAAAACUGAGUAAAGGAAACGAGUUUCGUGUCGGAGAGCAUUCAAGAACAAGGCAAUGACUCACUUCCCACCCUCUGUGUUCCUGCCAGCCAAACCAGUAAGCAGUAGCAGAUCCAUUCUUAAAACUUUCCAACCACACCGGAUGUCUGACAAAAUGUUUAGAUGAAAGAUUUCAUUGAGCAUGUGAUGCUCUUUGUGCUUCGAUUCAAAGAACUGUAAAAUAUAAUAUUGUAUCAUUUUGCUCGUUGUCUCUCAUCCAGGAUUAAGAUUUAUGUUAAUCAGAAUGUCAGGCAGAGGCAAUAUGUAUAAUCUCUUUCUGUUUCAUAAUCUUUGUGUAUUUUGGAUAAGUGCAGGGGUAACUGAUUAAGUUUGAAGCAGGGUUGCAGCCAUACACUGUCAAUAAAGUGGUAUUCCAUCUCACAGAUGAGCUGUUUACGUCCUCAUUUGUAAUAUGGCCAUAUUAAUUUUGCAUGUAUCUCUUGUGCAUUAUCUAUCAGUACACAGCUCCAAACUAUCAAGGUAGCCCAGAGUUGAAGGUUCUAGGAUUUUGUGAUUGUCUCGGGGCUUCAUGGUGUCAUUGAUUAGUGAUGUUCUUUUGGGUAUUCAGCUGAGCUGUUAAUUCCAUUUUAUGCGCGGUAGUUUGAUGGCUGACUCAGCUGUCUUCUUUAGGCACUGCAAGUAGCAAAAUUCCCUAUACAUAUCUUUUUCAGGACAGCCGCGUGCCUGUAGAAGGUGAAAUAGGAGCUGUACAGUAAAGCUGAUCUUUCCUCUGCACCCGAGAUUGUAGAGGAGAUGAUAAACCUUCCUCUUAUUAACUUUGUGAGUCAGCAUGUAGGACUUCCUCUCUUAUUUUCUUUGCAGUGCUCUCGUUGAUGAUGUCCCUUGCAACAGUUAUUGCACUACACUGGAAACAACCGGAGCUGCAAAUGUUCUGGUUGUGGGGCUUACAGUUGGCUGUGCCGGUAGCAUCUCUACUUUAAAUAAUAUUCCGGGAUGCUAGUGUGGUUUGUUUAUCGAAAAAAAGAAAAACUGUAAAAUUAUUAUUCAAUUUGAUAUACUUCCUUUAAUAGCAUGCUGAAAAUCAAGAGCAUGAUUACACAAAGCUCAGGCCAGGAAAACAUUCUAGCACUGAGUGAUUUAUUUGCCAUAUAACGAGAAUAACUAUGACAUUGGAAGGAUUCGUACCUUAUUGGUUGGAUAUUCACCACAAUAUGUUUCUUAUUACAGUUAGUGCAUUUCAUAGUUUAGCAAUACUAAAGAAACUUUCAUAACUCUUGGACACGCAAUAUCUGAAGAACACAGCUGGGUUGGUCAUUGUAAUAUUGUGCAUGAAAAGGAAUGGACUCUUUGUUGAACACCCUGCAGCACAUCAUUAAUUCUAGGCUUCUAAUUGGAAGAAAUUUAACUACAAGACAGGCAUUUUGAUUUAUGUUUUAAUAAAUCACUUCAGACUAAUUGCAGGAUGGCUGUUUCUGAAAGGGUUUUAGACUUGCCCCAGCAGAAGCAAAUGAAGGAAGCAGCAACUACAUGUGAGGUCACUUCAUACACUUUCUGUCCUUGGACAUUUUCAAACACGUCUUUGUUGUGUAAUUUGGUGUCCUCAUUAUGCAUUAUUUGAUAUCAACUAUUCAUCUGCUAAGGGCUUGUAACAUUCUUUCAGAGCUUAGUUUAUAUAACAAUUAUAGUUGUGUACUUCAUUUUGGCUAAGAUGUGACAGAAAUAAAUCUAACAAUUUUUAUCCCAGCAAUGUAAGCUUCAAAAGCUUAAUUGAAGCUUUGCUCCUGAAUAAUUACCAUGUUUUAGUGGUACCACUUAAUAUUCAUUAAUGAACUACAUGCUAAUGGAUCUCAGUGAACCAACAGUUUGUAUUAAUUGUUAUAAUAUGUAUUUUCAUGUUUUUACUUUAAAUUGGAAUAAAGAAGGAUGAGCAGUGA